CUCUCUCCUGCAGCUCCUCCUCAGCUCCUCUCCAGACCCACAGCAGCAGCAGUGGGGUGAUCCUGGACAUCUCUGCCCUUAACAUGGAGCAGCAAGAGAGCGAAGAGGUGCCUCCGCUGCCCCCCCGCUUCCGCUUCCGAGACCUGCUGCUCGGGGACCAGAGCUUCCAGAAUGAUGACAGGGUGCAGGUGGAGUUCUAUGUGAACGAAAACACCUUCAAGGAGCGGCUGAAGCUUUUCUUCAUCAAAAACCAAAGAUCAAGCCUCCGUAUCCGUGUGUUCAACUUCUCCCUGAAGCUGCUCACCUGUCUGCUGUACAUCAUCCGGGUGGUGACCGAUAACCCGGGUCACAGCGCAGGACAACAGAACGCUAACAGUGGCAACGUCAAAUGUGUUGACUGCCUGUGGAACGGAUCAGUGCAGGACAGAGAGAUUAACUGGGGGUUGAUCUUCUGGGUGGAUAGAAAAGUUCCUGUGUGGGCCAUCCAAGUGAUUGUUGCCAUCAUUAGUUUUCUGGAGACUAUGUUACUGAUGUAUCUCAGCUACAAGGGGAACAUUUGGGAGCAAAUUUUCCAGGUGUCAUUUCUUCUGGAGAUGAUUAACACAGUUCCCUUCAUCAUCACGGUAAUGCUUCUACCACUCUUAAAUAAUCAUUAUCUAUAA